AUGGCGUUUUUGAACGUAACUCAAGCUCCUGACCCCACGAAGGUCAUGGAGAUGUUGGCUGCUCUAGGCCCAGAGGCGCAGGAAGCAGUGAUGCAGAAGGCCGAGGAGCUCCAACAAAAUGGAAUGUUUGGCGCUGCCUCCAGCCCAGAUGAUCUUCGGAAAAGGUUUAGGAAGCAACGGCAACAGUACAUCAAGACGUACUCAGGGCCUAGAAACCUCAAAUCCUUCAACUUGGGCUUGCGGCAUUGCCACGACGUCAAGCCGAGUCAGAGAUCCCGGAGUGCAGCACUGGUUCCCAUGAUGGUCAAAGAGCUCACGCUUGGAACGACACAUCGCGGCAGGGUGCUGGAAGGUACAAUCUGCGAGAAUCCAUUGUUCUCCGGAUCUGCAGCAUUUCUAGUGGAGGACGCCGGUGGCGAUAUUGUGGAGGUGGCCGUUUACAAUGUUCCUGGUGCGGGGUGGGAAGCCACUGAGCGAUUAUUCUACAAAGGGAGGACACUGGCUAUUGAUGAGCCGUACUACAAGCAGCGCAUGGAUGGCUCGCUGGGCAUUCGUGUGGAUGACCCAGCAGAGAUCACUGAUGCUACCGCCCCUUCCACAGCUGAUGACUUUAAAGCUCGCGGCAAUCAGUGCUUUCAGUCAGGUGAGCAUCAGAAAGCCUUGGAUUUCUAUUUGAAAGCCAUGCAGGCUGAGGACGCGGCAUGUCAGGACUUAUCUGUGCUGUGCAGCAACAAGUCCUUGUGCCAGCUGCGACUCGAGGACUUGUCGGCGGCCGCUUGCUGGGCCGGCCUGGCGCUGCAUUUGGACCCGCAGAACGCCAAAGCGAAGCACAGGCUUUCGGCGAGUGCCGAGGGUCUCUCAGGCGAGCCGCAGAUGUGGCCCCGCCUGGAGGGCGUGGUGAGGUGGCGGCCCCUGCACAACGACGCCGCUGAAGAUUGGGCGGAGCUGAAGCAGCAGGGCAAGUCGGCCUUUGAGUCUGGGGAGUUUGCUGAAGCAAACAAUCUCUAUGACCUGGCCAUCCGCAAGCAUCCGCAGCUUGCCAAGGUGGCGGCGCUGCUGUGCAACUCCAGCGCCGCGCUGUUGGAGCUCCAGCGCUUUGUGGAGGCCCUGAGCAGCGCGUCCGUGGCGGCGCUGCUGGCGACAGAGGAGGCAUUGGCCUCCAAGGCUUGGAUUCGGCGUGGUCGAGCGCUCGAGGGCCUCAAGGACAAGCUAGCCAUGAAGGCCCUGGACUCGGUGCCCCUGCGCCUGGUGCAGGCGGAGGCGGGGCUGCUGCGGAAGCGGUUCCUGGCGGCGCAGGUGGCACCAGUGAGUGAACUGACUACGGCAGAGCAGCUGAAGCGAAGAGACGGCUUCAUGAAUGAGCUCAAAGCAAAGGAGCAGUUUGCGACGCCGGACGAGCUUUGCAAGCUGACGGACAGGUUCAAGUUGGCCCCGAAGGAUGUCAAGAAGAAGCUGCUAGCAGAGUUUGGACCGCUCAUGGCGCGCGAGGUGCCUGCCUUCCAUGAGCAGUACCCCAAGCGCUUUGGCUAUCCGGGCACCAGCCAGGAGUAUGUCGCUCUGUGCCGCAGCCUUUUGCAUGACGCAUACGCGCACGCAACAACAAGCCCCUGGAUGAUGGAAAUAUCACUUAAAAGCGGCCACAAAUGGAGUGAUGCAGAUUUGAUGAAGCGGUAUCACGGCACGGCAGGCAUGGCGUGGGUGGCCGAGAAUGCGAAGAAUCUGAGACCCGGAGCCAUUAUGCGCUUUCGUGAGGGAGGCAUUGACCGCUACUCCGAGUACAUCCGGACCAGCUUUUGCAAUCACACCACUCGAAAAGACAUCCUUCAUUUUGGUACGACUCACGUGGCUGUGGGUUUCAACGACUUGGGCAUGCUCCUCACCUGCCAGCUGCUUCCAGCACCUCAGGGACCUGGACCUCUGCGCUUCGUGGGCAUCGACUGCAGCGCCUACUCCGUCGCGAAGAGCCUCGUCAUUGGCAGCUACUGCGGAAGGAAGUGCCCCUGGAGCAUUGCCUGCAGGUCUGGUACUCAUCCACCUGCAGCCGCGCGGCAGCGAAGAACUUGGCGGCCGCGGCCGCGGACAUCUUGCCAGCGCUCAGCGACAAGGACGUGA